UAUAAACUGCAUAACCUCAUUUUACCACCCUGCAGAAUCGCACGCAUUAGACCCAACAAAAGUCCCAGCUAUGGAGAAAACUCCCGAAUCCGUCGCGCAAGAAAUUGCCGCCAUCCGACAGUCUUUAAAGGAAGUGAGCGCGGCUGUGGAUCGCUAUGCCGAGAUUGCCACGAAGAAUGUAUCCCAGGCGGGUACCACUGCGGCGGGAGAGGUCAGCGAGUCCCAUACGGCGCUCUUCAUGGAGAGCCAUAAGUUCAUGAGGACCGCGCGAGGGCCUUUGGACAUGGUGUUUUCCCAUUCCGAAAAUUCGUCGCAUUCUGGUGCUUUGCGGGCGGUGAUGGAGAUGGGCGUCUUCGAUGCAAUUCCCCUCGACGGGUCUACGACUGCGACGGAAUUGGCAGAGAAACUUAAUGCGGACAAAAAUUUACUUGUUCGUCUUAUGAGAUGUGUUACCAUCGUCGGCCCAUUCGCAGAACUUGGUCCAGAAGAAUAUGCCCAUACUGCGUAUUCGAAGAUGUAUCUGGUCCCGGAGAUCAAGGGUCUUUUCAAACUAAUGUACGACGAGUUUGCCCCCCCAAAUACCAAAAUGUAUGAAUUCUUCCGCGAACAGGGCUUCCAGACGCCUAAUUCAGAGGUAAUUAAUCCCUACUGUUUCGCCCACAAAACCGGCGACCAGUCCAUUUGGGAAUAUCUCGGGCAACGUCCCGACCGCCUUAGCGCCCUCAACUUUGGCAUGGCCGCGCAGAGCGAAGCAGCCUCAUGGACGGUCGGGAUAUUCCCCUUUGGGUCCGAGCUUCGCAAAGUCGAGACCACCGACGAAACCGUCCUGCUGAUCGAUAUCGGCGGCGGCAAGGGACAUGUCACGAAGCAGAUCAGAGCGCUCACCGAGGGCGUAAAGGGGAAGAUCAUCCUCCAAGAACGGCCGGAAGUCCUUGCUGAGAUCACCGAUCCAUUGCCCGGGAUUGAGAAGAUGGAAUACGAUUUCUUCAAGCCACAGACAGUGAAAGGUGCUCAAAUAUACUACAUCCGCCGUUGUCUCCAUGACUGGUCUGACACGGACUGUGUGCGCAUCCUCAAGAACACCGCCAGCGCCAUGACGCCCGGUGUCUCUCGCCUGCUCAUCUCCGAGAUCGUGCUCCCAGCCACCGGCGCGGACGUCGAGGCUGGGUGGAUGGACAUGACGAUGUUGUCCGUCAGCGGUUCAGAGAGGGACGAGGGACACUGGUCGAGGCUGCUGGCUGAGGCGGGAUUGAAAAUGGAGCGAACUUACCAUGCGCCAGGCACGAAUUAUGGCGCCGUUGAGGCAUACUUGGCAUAGAAGAUGAUUCAUGCAUUGGACGUCGAAGAGAUGAGGAUUUGCAUACCGCAUAGAGAGUUCAAUGAUUGGGUAACAAACAAGGCUAUCUCUAUUAAUUUUGCUUCAAAUGCGAAUAUAUGGG